AUGGCUGAUACCGGAGAUCGCAUGUUUUGCCAUGCCUGUGGAGGGGUCUGGUCAAGAGCCGACAGUGGUUUAACCUGUCCGCACUGCGAGUCUGACUUCACAGAGAUCAUUGAAAUCCCUCCAGACCCAGAUACUCCCCCUCCAGAACUUGAACCUGAACCCCGUACACCACCUAUCAAUCCGUGGGCAGAUCACCGGCCUUGGGGUAGUGAGGAAACGGCUGGACCUCGGCCUUUCGACUUAAUGGAUUCAGGCUCUCCCGGAUACUCUCAACACACCUACAGGUCGCCCGAUGGCCGUUUUACCUUUAGCAGCACUACCAUCGGUGGGGGUUACUCCUCGCCACAAUCCACCGCGAACGCUCCUCCCAACCCCAUGCUUCCGAUGAUGUUCGAGAGCUUGAACACAAUAUUUCGAGGUCUAUCGGAGACAUAUGAUCCCCACAAUCCCCACGGAUCUAGGAGCCCGGGCCUCGACGACCCGUUCAUGGCGCAUUCGUCAAAUUGGUUGAAUGCCGAUUCUGAUGAUCCCGCGGAGCCUGAAGGACUACAUCCCCGCGAUGCCGAUAGAGCACAACCGACAGCUCCCCCAGUGGGCUCUCUAGCCGAUCUCCUCCAGGCCUUCCAGACCGACUAUGGCGCACAGAGACGGCAAGGUCGACAUGGUGCCCGCGGCGUCGCAGGGCCGAACCCGCUCGCCAUGCUCUCAGCGUUACUAAAUAUGGACCGAAACGGCGAUGCGGUCUAUUCCCAAGAAGAGCUCGACCGGGUCAUCUCGCAGUUGAUCGACCACAACAACGCUGGAACUGCGCCGCCACCGGCAUCCGAGUCCGCAAUCAGAUCACUACCCACGAAGAAAGUCGACCAGGAAAUGCUGGGAUCUGACGGGAAGGCGGAGUGCUCGAUCUGUAUGGACGCCGUGGAAGUCGGCACGGAAGUGACCGUGCUUCCCUGCACGCACUGGUUCCACUACAGCUGCAUCGAAGCGUGGCUGAGCCAGCAUAAUACCUGCCCACACUGCCGACGGAGCAUCAAUUCGGCUGGAUGGUAA